AUGUGGGCCUCCGGGCCUGCUGCGGCGGCGCGGCCGGUUGAGGCCGGGCUCGGCCCGGCCCGCGACGGCUGGCCGCCGACGAGCGCGCUCGCGCUGCUCGUCAAGAUGGCGGCGGUGGCGAUUGCGGCGACAAAAGUUCAGGCGUACAGCGCUCAGGCGCCUCUCGAGCCUCUGCUCGCGUAA